UGUGUGCCAUUCUCAUCAAUUAUUACACAGUUUUUCUUCUCUCUCUUGUUCUUCCACACAGUGAAACCAACAUGAAGCUAUCAUUUGCUGCUAUGCUGCUUCUGUGUCUUCUCCUAAGCUUCUCCUUCUUCCAACUCUCAUCUGCCGCUUCUGGUUUCUGCUCUUCAAAGUGCGCGAAUAGGUGCUCAAAGGCAGGGAGGAAGGACAGGUGCUUGAAGUUCUGUGGAAUCUGCUGCAGCAAGUGUAAGUGUGUGCCCUCUGGGACUUAUGGCAACAAGCACGAGUGUCCUUGUUACAGGGACCUGAAGAACUCCAAGGGCAAGGGAAAGUGCCCUUAAUUUAUCUAUCUGCAAUGCAUCAACCUUCAAAGCUUUUACACCGUGCAUGUAUCUCUAUCUUAUGAGAUAUUAGUACACCACAUGAGUCAUGACCCUUCUUUUCUCAGUUGAUUAGGUUUUGGUUCUUUGUGUGUUUCUGUAAUAUAUACAGACAGAGUUGCAUGGGAGUGUGUGCAUGAUGACAGUCCGAAUAAAAGGGUCCACUUUGUCCUAAGUUAGUUUUGUCUCUCUCAAUAAAAAUCAAUUGUUCUUAUUCUAUU